AUGUUGUUCCCAGCUGUCCUCGUUGGCCUGUUGGCGGGAUCAGCCACCUCCAAGUCACUCAAGUAUACAAUCCCAGCCAGCAUGAAACUAGCAGACGACUGCGUGACGCCCGGCGAAUACGAAAUCGCAAACUUCAUCACGUUUGCAGGCCUUGCGAACGGCACAAGCAACACUACCUCGUUCUACUUUACCGACGUUGAUACUGGCAUCAGCACGUGCUGCCAGCGCAACUCGACAUCCACGCCGAGCACCCCGAACCCCAACUUGACGCCGAGAUGGCCCUGUGACAAUACGGCUGUCGAGUUUAUGUACCAAGCAAAUGGUUUAACUGUGAUCGAAGCAGUAUGCCCCGGAAACACGGCAACUAACUUCGAGGCGUCUGGACUCACGACGUUUGACCUCGAUUGCACCACCACAUCUAAGGGCACUAGCUGCGUCUCCAAGGAGUCGCUUGUAGCAGACAAUUUCACCAGUUUGCAACCCCGUCCAUCAUAG